AAUUCAUGUUGGUGUUGCUGUAGAUAAUGCUCGUAAGUUGCACAGAAAUAAUUAUGGUUAACUAAUUACGAGGCAAGUUAAAAAAAAAUCAAAAUCUUACAGUUAAUCAGCAAAAGUAUCGGUUUACAAAAGUACCAAACCGAAUCCGGUCAAUCCCCUUAACCCUUUGCUGCCUCCGCCACAAGCAAGCAGGGUUUAAUUCGUACCAAUCCAAAACCCUCCGCCGUUUCCUUCUCCUCUCUCUCUCACUUUCCCGGCGGUUUUCGCUUUCAAAGUCGCAACCUUUCUCAAGGAUCUAAGGUCGGCUUUCCCGGAAACCCCUCCAGCUCUCAAGGAACUUCCUUUCAUGGUUAAGAUCUUGGCGUUGAAGGUAAGAUGCUAUGGAGAUGCAACUGGAUAAAGCAGAGGAAGAAACUCAUUAACACGCUCAGCUUCUCCUCGCUUCACACUCACUCCUCACCGAACCCAAACCAAAUCAGCGACCUUUCUCGACACCGAGCUGCUUCUCCGAAACCACCGCUCACACACGACGACGUCUACUCUCGCUUAAGAGAAUCCUCCCCCGAUCUAAAAACCUUAACUUUCUUCUUCUCCUGCGCGAAGCAGAGCAACUACUUCCACGAUGACCGAGCCUUUGAUCACAUGGUCAGUGUUGUUGAGAGACUAACUCAUCAACACAAGAGCAUCGAUCGAAUCAUAGAGGCGUUGACACUAUCAGGCUGCGCAAUAAAGCCUCGAGUUUUAUUGCUGCUGCUCGAAAUCUUCUGGCGCGGGCAUGUGUACGAUAAGGCUAUAGAGGUUUAUAAAGGCAUGAGCACCUUUGGUUAUGUGCCUAACACACGUGCCAUGAAUAUGAUGAUGGAUGUUCUUUUCAAGUACAAUCUGGUCGAUCGAGCUUUGGAGGUUUUCGAAGGGAUCCGUGUUAGGAACUUCUUUAGUUUCGACAUUGCGUUGAGCCACUUGUGUAAUAGUAGAAAGGAUUUGGAUCUGGUUAGGGUUAAGAUGGUUUUGAAGAUGAUGAUUAGAGAAGGGUUUUAUCCUAACGGAGAGAGGUUUGGGCAGGUUCUUGGUGUGUUUUGUAGAAGUGGAUGCGUUGCUGAAGGUUAUCAAGUGGUUGGGUUGAUGAUAUGUAGUGGAGUCUCUGUCUCUGUUAAUGUAUGGAGCAUGUUGGUUAGUGGGUUUUUCCGUUCGGGUGAGCCGCGGAAGGCGGCUGAUCUGUUUAACAAGAUGGGUUGUUCGCCGAAUCUAGUUACGUAUACUAGUUUGAUCAAAGGGUUUAUGGAUUAUGGAAUGGUUGAAGAAGCGUUUAGUGUGGUGAGUAUAAUGCAGUCUAAAGGGUUGGCUCCGGAUCUUGUUUUUGUGAAUGUGAUGAUACAUACGUUCACUAGACUCGGGAGAUUCGAAGAAGCUCGUAACGUUUUUCUUCACAGUUUGAAAAAUGGGAACCUUGUGGCGGAUCGGUAUACUUUUGCGACGAUGCUCUCUAGUCUAUGUGUGUCUAGAGACUUUGAUCUGCGUAUCACCAUUGGAACUGAAACAGAGCUGGAUCUUGUGAUGGGAAACUCGCUCAUGAACUAUCUCUGCAAGGUAGGUAACACUUUGGCGGCGUUGAAAGUGUUCCGCAACAUGUCUAACAGAGACUUAGCUUUGGAUUGUUAUACGUACACCGGCUUUCUCACUGCGCUUUGUCAAGGAGAAGCAUAUGGACAUGCCCUGAACAUGUACGACGAGAUCAUAAAGAGGAAGAGGAUCCGUCUCGAUGCUCAUUUUCAUACUGUGAUGAUCGACAGUCUUGUGGAGCUUGGUGAAUACAGUAGCGCGAUGCGUUUGUUUAACCGUUGUGUCUUGGAGAAGCGUGAGUUGGAUGUUGUGUCGUAUACGGUAGCGAUUAAGGGACUUGUGCGUGGGAGGAGGAUGGAGGAAGCUUGUUCUCUCUUGGAGAAAAUGAAAGAAGAUGGGGUUAUGCCGAAUGCACGGACUUAUAGGACUGUUAUCUCUGGUUUGUGCGGGGAGAAGGACAAGGAUAGAUUGAGAAAGGUUUUAAGGGAGUGCAUUGAGGAAGGAGUGGAGUUGGAUCCUAAUACUAAGUUUAAAGUGGUGUGUUUCUUAUCUCGAUAUCCAAGAGAUUGUUCCGAGUUUAGAUCAGUUUUCGAAAAAUGGAGGGAGAACGUUGAUGUUUCUGAUUCAUACGAUGAGUUAUCUGUUUCUGCUGGGUGAGUUGUAUAAUGUAUAUUCAAUCAGCGCUGUAAUUGUUUUGUUUAUUAGUAUUAUUAUAGAAUGAAAAUCUAAUUUAAUCAUGUUU